AGAAAAAUAAAUUCAUAUCAAUAAUGAGUUAUUGUAUAAAAUUGACAAAUAGUUGGAUUAUUAUUUUAAUUAUUCUAUGUAUAGUCAUGAAUUUAUUGAUGUUAUUAGCAACACAAUUAGAAUAUCGUAUACAAAAUGGUUAUCCAGUAAAUCCUGGUGAAUUUCCAAUGAUUGUAUUAUUACUUGGUAAUACACAUUUAUGUACUGGAACAAUUAUAGCACCUGAUAAAGUUUUAACAGCUGGACAUUGUGCAUGUGGUGAUCCAACAUAUGAAGUUCAUGCAAAUUUAACACAUAUUGAUGAACGAUUUUCACCUUAUACACAAUUUCGAUUCGGUACACAAUUUAAUUAUCCUAUCACUUAUAAAAAUCAAUGUGAUCAACUUAAUCAUGGUUUUAUUGAUAAUCAUGAUGAAUUUGGUGGUUCACCAGAUAUAUCUAUAUUAACAUUGAAUAAAAAAUUUAAUCUUAUGAAAGGAUGGAUUGAAAUUGGUUCAUUAAAUUAUAAUUAUUCAAUAAAUAAUACAAAAGAAAAAAAUGAUGAGGAUUUUUUUGUUUUGGGUUAUGGUGAAGAUAAAUCAAUGGAAAAUUCAAUAGGUCAAUUACGUUUAGGUAUAAUAAAAUUAGGUGAAUGUCCAAAACAUAUUAAAAUACCAACAAAUGGAGCAAUUUGUUCUAAUAUUAAUCGUAAUCAUCAAGGACCAGAUGUUGGUGAUAGUGGAGGUCCUAUAUUUGAUAUCAAUGGACGUGUUAUUGGUAUUACAUCAAUAGCUGGAAAUGGUUGGUAUGUAUUUUCAAGUGUUACUACACACAAAACAUUUAUUCAACAACAUUUAUAUAAUGAUACUAAUAAUUCGACUAGUGAUGGUAAUAAUAAUAGUAAUAUUAAUACACUGAAGUAUUCCAAUUCAACAGAUCUUUCGUAAUUUUCUUGCUCUUCUAAAGAGUUGACAUUUUCUUUGAAUAAAAAUCUUCCUUUUUUUUCCCGAGUAUGUGAUGUGCGGAAAUAGUUCAUGAUGAUAUAAAUAUAAUAUUUUUGUGUGUUGAAAUUAAAACAAAAUCUUAUGGAAAUUAAUCUGGUAUAUAUAUUCUAUUAAUUUGUUUUUAGACUAUUUUGUUAAGUUAAAUACUUACUUACUUACUUAUGCCUGUUAACCCUCAUGAAGGAGGAUAAACUGCCUACCAGGAUUCUCCAAUUGAAUUUUGUCUUUGAUAUUUCUUUGCAGUUAUUUUGAUGUCUAACUUCAUUUUUCAGCUCAAUGUGUAACUUGGUAUUCCUCUUCUCCAUCCCCCCCUUAAGGAUUUCGAUUUAGGGGUUAUCUUGUGAUGCAGUUUUGGGAUUUCCAUAAUGUAUGUACUAUGCAACUAAAACGUCUUUCCCU